UCCCUCUCCCACUGUUCCAGCCUGACUUGCUCAGCGGUUCAUGAGAUUCCCGUUAGUGUUCCCACUCUGCUCCUGUUUUUGGGUCCAGCGGCUCUCCGUGGCCUUCGGACCCGCCGCCGGUGCCUGUCGGGCGGCCUGCUCCAGCGGGACCUUUCGCUGCGGGCUGCGGUGCCGGUUCGGGGCUGCUGGUUCAGAUUGGUUCUGUAAUCUUCGGAUUUAACGCUGAGCAGACGGCGGAGGGAUUUUCUCUGAUUCCAGCCUUCGCGGACUCAUCAGCGGAAUUAAUCCUGUGUUCUGGUCGGGUUCGGAUCCGCAGCUGAUCGAGACCCGGUGGGCUGAACCGAUCCGCAUCACUGACCCAGGAACAGUUCAGAGAGCCGCUGGAUUCUGCCAGGUCCAACCGGAUCUUUAAAGGAACCGGUUCUGCGGGUUUGAACUGAUUUUGAUCCGAACUGGAUUCAGAUCAGAUUAACAGCAGAUAUUGAAACAGCUGCAGCGCUGAACAUCAGGAAUAAAAUAUGAUUCCAUCUGUUUUCAUCAUCAAUAAAUACACGGAAAUGCUCUGAUUCAUCCUCGAUUCACGAUCACAGAAUCGGAAUCGGAUCAUUUCAUAUAUAUAUAUAUAUAUAUAUAUAUAUAAAUUAUUUUAAAUAUGAAAAAACUUUCCAUCCAAUCAGAAACGAGGAAUCAGUUCACAGCAGAACCAGCUGAGGUUUGAUCUUCUAGGCACGAAACCAUAGAAACCAUGUUGGCGGCCAUGAUGGAGGCAGCCUGAAGGAAUCGUCUGCUUUUUAUGGGACGAUUUACUGACCGUUGCUGUUCUUGCUUCAAUCAGGAGGCUGCAGAAUGGCAUUAUGGGAAGUGUAGUUGGAGGUUGCUCAGUUAGAAGCACUUCUGAGAGAGACUACUGCUCCCAGCAUCCUUAGCAGCAGAGCGGGAUGUCGGACAAAACGGCGCCGCGCUGCCAGCUGCGGCUGGAGUGGAUCCACGGCUACCGGGGCCACCAGUGUCGGAACAACCUGUUCUACACGGCGGGGAAGGAGCUGGUCUACUUUGUGGCCGGGGUGGGCGUGGUCUACAACACCCGCGAGCACACCCAGAAGUUUUACCUGGGUCAUAACGAUGACAUCAUCAGCCUGGCCAUCCACCCGGAUAAGAUCCAGGUGGCGACGGGUCAGGUGGGGAAAGACCCGUACAUCUGCAUCUGGGACACCUACGCCAUGCAGACCGUCUCCAUCCUGAGGGACGUCCACACCCACGGAGUCGCCUGCCUUGCCUUUGACUCAGACGGACAGCGACUGGCCUCAGUCGGACUGGACGCCAAGAACACGGUGUGCAUCUGGGACUGGAGAAGAGGGCGGGUCGUCGCCAUGGCAACCGGACACUCGGACAGAAUCUUUGACGUGUGCUGGGAUCCGUUCCAGACCAGCCGCCUGGUCACCUGUGGAGUCAAACACAUCAAGUUCUGGACUCUGUGUGGAAAUGCUCUGACUCCGAAGCGAGGCAUCUUUGGGAAGACAGGCGACCUGCAGACCAUCCUGUGUGUCUCUGCAGCCAAAGAUGAGCUGACCUACUCUGGAGCUCUGAACGGAGACAUCUAUGUAUGGAAAGGAAUCACUCUGAUCCGGACCGUCCAGGCUGCACAUGGGGCAGGAAUCUUCAGCAUGCACGCCUGUGAGGAAGGGUUCGCCACUGGAGGACGUGACGGCUGCAUCAGACUGUGGGAUGUGGACUUCAAACCAAUCACCAAGAUUGACUUGAGGGAGGCCGAGCAGGGCUACAAAGGACUGUCAGUUCGCAGCGUUUGCUGGAAAGCAGACCGGAUUCUGGCUGGGACUCAGGACAGUGAGAUUUUUGAGGUGAUGGUUCGGGACCGGGACAAGCCAGUUCUGCUGAUGCAGGGUCACAGUGAGGGUGAGCUCUGGGCGCUGGACCUGCACCCCAAGCAGCCAGUGGCAGUCACCGGGAGUGACGACCGCUCAGUCAGGCUGUGGAGUCUUCCAGACCACACCCUGCUGGCACGCUGCAACAUGGAGGAGUCGAUUAGGAGUGUGUCCUUCAAUAAUGACGGCUCCCAGCUUGCUCUUGGUAUGAGGGACGGUUCAUUCACCGUGUUGCGAGUCAGGGACAUGACCGAGGUUGUGCAUAUUAAGGACAGGAAGGAGGUCAUCCAUGAGCUGAAGUUCUCUCCAGAUAGCUCCUUCUUGGCAGUAGGCUCUAACGACGGCUUGGUGGACAUCUACGCCGUUGCUCAACGCUUCAAGAAGGUGGGAGAGUGCAGCCGCUCCACCUCCUUCAUCACCCAUCUGGAUUGGUCUGUCGACAGCCGCUUCUUGCAGACCAACGACGGCGCCGGCGAGCGGCUCUUCUACAGGAUGCCAGCAGGAAAACUCGUUCCUAAAGAAGAAGCAAAGGGGAUCCACUGGAUGACCUGGACCGGUACCAUCGGGCCAGAGGUGAAUGGAAUCUGGCCCAAAUACUCCAAUGUGACCAAUAUGAACUCAGUGCAUGCCAACUACAGCAGUGCUGUGCUGGUGACCGGGGAUGAUCUGGGUCUCAUCAAGCUCUUUAGAUUCCCCUGCCUGAAGAAAGGGGCCAAGUUUAAGAAGUACAUCGGUCACUCUGCCCAUGUGACCAAUGUUCGCUGGUCUAAUGACCUCCAGUGGGUCAUCAGCACCGGUGGCGCUGACCACGCAGUUUUCCAAUGGAGGUUCCUUCCUGAAGGUGUAAUGAACGGUGUUCUGGAGCCGCUUCUUCAAGAGGGGUACGCUGACUCCAACAGUGGCGAGUCAGAUUCAGAUGUGUCAGACGUUCCAGAGCUCGACUCGGACAUCGAACAGGAAGCUCAGACCAACUAUGAUCGCCAGGUGUACAAGGAGGAUCUGUCACAGCUCAAGAAGAAGCUGAUAGGAUCCUUGAAGAGACAGAAAGCACCGGAGGAGGGGCUUCGUCUACAGUUCGUUCACGGGUACCGUGGCUUUGACUGUCGCAACAACCUGUUCUACACCCAGACGGGGGAGGUGGUGUUCCAUGUGGCCGCAGUCGCUGUCGUCUACCACCGGGUGCAGCACAGUCAGCGCUUUUACCUCGGACACGACGACGACAUCCUCAGCCUCACCGUUCACCCUCUCAAAGACUACGUGGCAUCUGCUCAGGUGGGCAGAGACCCAGCCAUCCACAUCUGGGACAUCCAAACCUUGAAGUGCCUGUCUCUGGUCAAAGGUCACCACAGCAAAGGAAUCUGUGCUCUGGACUUUACAGCGGACGGAAAGAGUUUGGUCUCGGUGGGAAUCGACGAGUUCCACUCCAUUGUCAUCUGGGAUUGGAAGAAAGGAGAGAGGCUGGCUAAGGCCAGGGGCCACAAAGAUAAAAUCUUUGUGGUGAAAAGCAACCCUUUCAGGGUGGACAAGCUGGUUACUGUGGGAAUCAAACACAUCAAGUUCUGGCAGCACUCAGGAGGCGGUCUGACGUUUAAACGGGGAAUUUUUGGGAACCUUGGGAAGCAGGAAACCAUGAUGUCAGCAUGUUACGGCCGGUCUGAGGACAUGGUCUUCUCUGGAGCCACCAAUGGAGACGUCUACAUCUGGAAGGACACAACACUGAUGAAGACCAUUAAGGCUCACGACGGACCCGUGUUCACCAUGUGCUCCCUGGACAAGGGUUUUGUGACCGGAGGAAAGGACGGCAUUGUGGAGUUGUGGGACGACAUGUUUGAGAGAUGUUUGAAAACCUACGCCAUCAAAAGGGCAGCUCUGUCCCCGUCCUCCAAAGGUCUGCUGCUGGAGGACAACCCGUCCAUCAGAGCCAUCACUCUGGGUCACGGUCACAUCCUGCUCGGGACCAAGAACGGGGAAAUUCUGGAGAUAGACAAGAGCGGGCCAAUGACGCUGCUGGUUCAGGGUCACAUGGAGGGGGACGUGUGGGGCUUGGCAGCCCAUCCUCUACUUCCUGUCUGUGCCACUGUCAGUGACGACAAAACUCUGAGGAUCUGGGAGCUGUCGACCAAUCACAGGAUGGUUGCUGUUCGUAAGCUGAAGAAAGGUGACACCUGUUCAGGUAAGCGCAGGUUUUAUGCUAGUUUCACUUGGCUAACCUGUAUUCUGUGUCACCUGCCAGGUGGGCGGUGCUGCACCUUCUCUCCAGAUGGUAAAGCUCUGGCAGUCGGUCUGAACGACGGCAGCUUCAUGGUGGUGAACGCUGACACCCUGGAGGACAUGGUGACCUUCCACCACCGCAGGGAGCUCAUCUCAGAUAUCCGCUUCUCCUUAGAUGCAGGAAAGUAUUUGGCUGUUGCAUCCCAUGAUUCCUUUGUGGACAUCUACAACAUCCUGACCAGUAAGAGGGUUGGAAUCUGUAAAGGAGCUGGAAGCUUCAUCACCCACAUCGACUGGGACUCCAGAGGUAAACUCCUCCAGGUGAACACCGGAGCUAAAGAUCAGCUCUUCUUUGAGGCUCCACGAGGACGCAGACAGAACAUCAGUGUCUCGGAGUUUGAGAAGAUGGACUGGGCCACUUGGACAUCCGUUCUGGGUCCCACCUGUGAAGGAAUAUGGCCAUCAUUCAGCUUUGUGAACGCUGCUUCACUCACCAGAGACCAAAAACUUCUCGCCACAGGAGAUGAUUUUGGCUUCGUCAAACUGUUCAGCUUCCCGUCCCGGGGUCAUUUUGCUAAGUUUAAGAAGUACGUGGGUCACAGCACCAAUGUGACGAACGUGCGCUGGUCCAAUGAUGAUGCAGUGCUUCUGUCUGUGGGCGGAGCUGACACGGCGCUGAUGAUCUGGACCAGAGAGCCGCCGGGCCACAAGGAGAGCAAAGCUGUGGACAGCGAGGAGUCGGACGAUGACCCUGAGGAGGACGGAGGUUACGACAGUGAUGUGGCUCGGGAGAAGGUGGUGGACUAUAUCACUAAGAUCUACUCAACAAGUAUCAGGAACAUGACAGGAACCAAGCCCCACCUGCAGCACAGAGAGCUUCCUCUGGAGGACAGGCCUCCUGUGAGCCGGGCCGUCCCACUGCCUGACAAACUGCUGAAGGACAACAUGACUAAGAAGAGGAAAGCGGUGGAGGAGCUGCUGCUGGAACACGUCUUCGGCUACCGAGGCUUCGACUGCCGCAACAACCUGCACUACCUCAACGAUGGCGCCGACAUCGUCUUCCACACCGCCGCUGCUGUCGUCAUCCAGAAUCUGUCUGCCGGAACUCAGAGUUUCUACCUGGAACACACAGAUGACAUUCUCUGUCUGACGGUCAACCAGCACCCAAAGUACCAGAACAUCAUCGCCACUGGACAGAUCGGUGACAUCUCUGACCUGCCAGGUCUUGCUCCAUCCAUCCAUGUGUGGGAUGCAAUGACCAAGCAGACUCUUUCCAUCCUGCGGUGUUCCCAUGCUAAAGGCGUAGGUUAUGUCAACUUUAGUGCAACAGGGAAGUUACUGCUGUCGGUGGGGGUGGAACCUGAACAUACCAUCACGGUGUGGAGAUGGCAAGAAGGCACCAAGGUGACCAGUAAAGGCGGUCACGCUGAGCGGAUCUUUGUGGUCGAGUUUAGACCCGACUCAGACACUCAGUUUGUGUCAGUGGGAAUCAAACACAUCAAGUUCUGGACACUGGUUGGUGGUUCCCUCAUGUAUAAGAAAGGUGUGAUUGGCUCAGUGGAGGAUGGCCGCAUGCAGACCAUGCUGUCUGUCGCCUUUGGUGCUAAUAAUCUGACAUUCACUGGUGCAAUAAACGGAGAUGUGUAUGUCUGGAGGGAGCACUUCCUGGUCCGAGUAGUGGCGAAGGCGCACAGCGGUCCCGUCUUCACCAUGUACACCACGCUGAGAGACGGACUCAUCGUCACUGGAGGGAAGGAAAGGCCGACCAAAGAGGGGGGAGCUGUGAAGCUUUGGGACCAGGAGAUGAAGCGCUGCAGAGCCUUUCAGCUGGAGACCGGUCAGGCAGUUGAGAACGUUCGAUCCGUCUGCAGAGGGAAGGGUAAGAUUCUGGUUGGAACCAAAGACGGGGAGAUCAUAGAGGUUGGAGAGAAGAAUGCUGCUUCCAACACCAUGAUCAAUGGUCACACUAAGGGAGGAAUCUGGGGUUUAGCAUCGCAUCCUUUCAAAGAUGUCUUCAUCUCUGCUAGUGAUGAUGGGACCAUACGCAUAUGGGACCUGGCUGACAAGAAACUCCUGAACAAGGUGAGUUUGGGUCACCCUGCCAAGUGCACAUGCUACAGCCCCAAUGGGGAGAUGGUUUCCAUCGGCAUGGAGAAUGGCGAGUUCAUCGUGCUGCUGGUCAACUCCCUCACUGUCUGGGGCAAAAAGAGAGACCGCAGUGUCUCCAUCCAGGACAUCCGGUUCAGUCCAGAUAACCGGUUCCUGGCAGUGGGUUCAGUAGAAAGUGCUGUAGAUUUCUAUGAUCUGACUCUCGGCCCGUCACUCAACCGAAUCGGUUACUGUAAGGACAUCCCCGGCUUCGUUAUUCACAUCGACUUCUCUGCUGACAGCAAACACAUCCAGGUGUCCACCAGCACCUACACUCGUCAGGUCCAUGAAGUCCCCUCAGGAAAGAUCGUCACAGAGCUGCACGUCAUUGAACGCAUCACCUGGGCGACCUGGACCAGCCUGUUGGUGUGGCGGUGCCAGUGAGUCCUCCUCUUCCUCUGAUGAAGGCCCCCAAACCUCCAGGCCUGUGAUUGGCUGAAAGGGACGACCCUGUGUGUGUUUCAGGUUUUUUGUUCUCUGUAGAUCCGUGGAGAAACGUCUGAUCUCCAUCUGUAGCUGUCAUGUGACGUGUUUUGGUGUCAGUUUGUGCCUUUUUUAAAAUCUCUGACCAAACAUUUGAUACAGAUUUAUUUUACUGGUGGUGCUAUAAUCUUUUAGGGCUUUUACAUGUGGAUGCUGUUGUGUUUGUGUCAUGUGAUGAUGAUGCAGAUCACUAAAAAUGAAGAAGAUGGAUUGGUGUUUGAUCCCAGCUGUUAAAACCUGAGAUCAUCUGUAGAAACUAGUAAAGAUUUCUACCUCUGAAAACAGCUGUGUAGAGAACAGAUGUAGGUGACGCUUUGAGCCACACGGUGGUGCUGUUUCCUCCCUCUGAUCUAAAUGCUGCCUGAACAUUUAAAGGGAAUAAACUCUUCAUGUUGCUGUGGACAGAAGAAGUUCUGUCUGAAUCUGAAAAUACAAAGAACCAAAAUUCUGAUCCAACACGGCCUCAUGUAGCGCUGCUGAAGUCCAGCUCCGAUCGGGUCAAAUCCGGUUCCGAUUUCAACCUGGAAGAGUCUCUGUGGUUCAACUCGAGCUGAAGAACCAUCUGGACCUCUGUGGCUCCUGCGUGAUUGCUUCCCGAUUCAGAAGGACCGAAUCUGAACCGGGUCUGAACCGAGACAGAACCUUUUAAUCAAAAAGAAAUAAAACAGUCACAUGAGAGCACA